AUGCAAGUAAGAGAGCGGUCCAGCGCCAAGUUUGAUGAGAAGGAGAGUGCUCAGGUCAAAACACUUGGCCAUCUCCGUCUACGCGAUGAGGAUACCAACGAGGUGAUUCUGGUUCCUACCCCGUCUGACGAUCCUAAGGAUCCUCUUAACUGGCCGAGAUGGUUCAAGCUAUAUACUGCGGUGGCAGUGUGCCUCGCGAUGGUUCUUUGCAACUUUCUCGCAGCUGGUCCUACACUCGCCAUUGUCCAAACCGCAGAGGACUUCUUUCCCAAUUGGCAAAAGACCGGUAUGUCGGCGGCGAUCGCGAAAACGGCCUACUUUUUCAACUGUACGGCUUUGUUCCAAGGUCUUGGGAACCUGAUUUGGAUGCCUCUCAUCAACAAAUACGGUCGUCGGCCGGUAUAUGUGACUGCAUUCACCAUAUAUACCAUCACUGCUAUCUGGUGUGCUGUGGCGAAAGAGUACGCGAAUUUCUUAGUUGCUCGAAUCGUCAUGGGAAUUGCUGCCGGUGCGGGUGAAUGUUUGGCUCCUAUUACUAUUGCCGACAUCUUCUUCCUACAUGAGCGCGGAACCAUUACAGCACUAUAUAAUGCCUCUUUGAAUCUCGGUGUUGCGACUGGUGCCAUCGUCGACGGGUUCAUUGUGAAAUCUUAUCCAUGGCGCUACAUUUACUAUGUCGCCAUUGCCUUGAUUGGCUUUGUUACUCUCGUGGUAUAUUUCACUUUCCCAGAGACGGCUUACAUUCGGAAUUUCGCACCAACAGGCACCAUUACUACCCUCAGUCCAUCUGGUAACCGCAUUCGACGCAGUGUCAAGGGGGAAGAAGCUGGCAUGGGUGAGGCUACUGAACAUGAGGUUGCGCCUCAAGAUGCCAAUGUCGAUAGUAAUCCAGGCUUUAAACAGGGCCUGAAGCUCUAUCAUGGCAAAUAUACCCAUGAAUCACUUUGGCAAAUGACCAUCCGACCAGUGGGACUGUUGAUUCUACCUCCUGUCUUGUGGGCUACACUCGUUAUGUCUGUAACUAUCGGCUUCAUUACAGCAAUCACCUCAAAUGUUGCUUCCGCAUUUUCAACCGCUUACGGGUUUGAGGCAUGGCAAUCCGGACUUUGCUUCGUUUCUGCGAUCAUUGGCUGUGCAUUCGGUAUUGUUCUCGGUGGAAACCUCUCCGAUUGGGUUGCCGAUUACUUCACCCGUCGCAACAACGGUAUUCGUGAGCCCGAAAUGCGUCUUCCAGCCAUUAUGGUCGGUGCAAUUACCGGCCCCUUGGCUCUAGCUCUAUACGGAUGUGGUAUCAAGUAUCAGAUGCACUGGAUUGUUCCAACUAUUGGUAUUGGAUUGAUCAAUUUCACUAUCACCCAAGCUACCAAUGUCUCCCUUGUGUACACGAUCGACAGCUAUCGCCCCAUUGCUGGAGAAAUCGUUGUUACCCAACUAGCUUUCAAAUCUGCCUUCGGCUUCCUGCUCGGCUUUUACACAAACCCUUGGGUGGAAAUUCACGGUUACAAUAUCGCGUACGGCGAGAUGGCUGCUAUCUGUGGAGGUGUUCUUAUUUGCUGGAUUCCAUUCUUCUUUUGGGGCAAAAAGAUUCGCCAAACUACCCUCAGGUGGUCCGUGAUGAAGUGGGUACGAUGGGAUGAUGACCGUGAAGUUGGCGAGUAG